AUAUUAGCUCACCGUAUAUAAAAUUAUGGCUAUAGCAAAUAUCGGAUUGUACGUGAAGAAAGUCGAACUAGCUAGCUAAUUAAUUCCAUAUAUAUUUCCUAACAUAGUAUGGAUUGGCUAUGGAGUACAUUCCUAGUAUGCUGCAUUUCUCUUGUGGCGGUGCUUUACCACCGCCGCUACUCCACCACCAGGGCCAAUCUACCGCCGGGGCCACGGGGGUGGCCCGUGUUCGGCAACAUGUUCCAACUCGGCUCCAUGCCACACAAGACCAUCGCGGGCCUCAAGAGCCACUACGGGCCCGUGGUGUGGCUAAGAAUCGGGUCCAUCAACACCAUGGCCCUCCUCACCGCAGGAGCCGCGGCGGAGCUCUUCAAGAACCACGACGCCAGCUUCGCGGAGCGCACGAUCACCGACGUGAUGACGUCCCACAACUUCCACAAGGCGGCACUUUCGCUCUCCCCCUACGGGCCCUACUGGCGCUCCAUGAAGCGGAUGAUGACCGUCGAGAUGCUCGUGCACAAACGAAUCGUCGAGACGGAGCCCAUCAGGCGGCGGUGCGUAUCCAACAUGGUCCAAUGGAUCCAAAACGAAUCAUCAUCGUCGGGCGGGCAUGGGGUCCACGUGGCAAGGUUUGUGUUUCUGGCGUCGUUCAAUAUGUUGGGGAACCUAAUGCUGUCGAGGGAUCUUGUGAGCCCGGAAUCGGAGGAAGGGUCGGAGUUCUUUGCGGCGAUGAUUGAUAUGAUGGAGUGGUCGGGGCACCCGAAUAUUGGGGAUUUGUUUCCAUGGAUGAAGUGGAUGGAUCCUCAAGGGUUGAGAAGGAAUGCUGAACGUGGGAUGGGGAAGAUUUUGAAGAUUGUGGGAGGGUUUGUGGAAGAAAGGCAAUCAUCCAAUGCGAAUAAUAAGGACUUUUUGGAGGUUUUACUGAAAUACGAAGGCGAUGGCGGCAAGAUUGAUGACCAACGUCAAAUUUCCGAUCACGACCUCAAUAUCAUCAUUAUGGAGGUGUUCUUAGCGGGUUCAGAGACAACAAGCAGCACAACCGAAUGGGCGAUGGUGGAGCUGCUAAGCCACCCUGAAGCCAUGAACAAGGCCAAAGUCGAGUUAGACGAGGUGGUCGGAAAAGGUAACACAUUCGAAGAAAGCCACAUAGAUAAACUUCCCUACUUACAAGCCGUGUUAAAAGAGACCCUACGAUUGCAUCCCCCAAUUCCAUUCCUAGUCCCACGACGGGCAAUUCACGAAACAGAUUUCAUGGGUUAUCGGAUUCCCAAAGACACUCAGCUUUUCGUGAACGCAUGGGUAAUAGGAAGGGAUCCAGAAUGCUGGGACGACCCUUUAUCGUUCAAACCCGAGAGAUUUUUGGGCUCGAAAAUCGACUUCAAAGGACAUCAUUUUGAGCUUAUUCCGUUUGGUGCUGGUCGGAGGAUUUGCGCCGGAAUUCCGCUUGCUCACCGGAUGUUACACCUUGUGUUGGGGACACUGCUGCAUGAAUUUGAUUGGCGGGUUGAUGAGAUUGAGAGGAAGGGGAUGAUCGAUACGAGGGAGAGGAUUGGAGUCACGGUUAGGAAAUUGGUGCCUUUGAAAGCGAUACCUCAAAGGUGUUCGAUGUAAUGUAAUGUGACAACCGAGUGCAUGAUGA